UCGUGCUGCUUCAUACGCAGUCAUUGGAAGAACCGUUCAAUGGCUGGUGCACAAGAAAAAUGGUAUUUUUCAAAAGAACAACUAAUGAACUCUGCAAGCAGAAAAUGCGGCUUAGAUGGAGAUAAAGAGCUUGCCUAUCGGCAGCAGGCCGCAAAUCUAAUCCAGGAUAUGGGCCAGAGGCUACAAGUUUCUCAAUUAUGUAUCAAUACAGCAAUAGUGUAUAUGCAUCGCUUCUAUGCAUUUCAUUCAUUCACACAGUUUCACAGGAAUGCCAUAGCGGCUGCUGCAUUAUUCCUGGCAGCAAAGGUGGAAGAGCAACCAAGGAAGUUAGAAUAUGUAAUAAAGGUAGCACAUGUCUGCCUCCACAGGGGUGAGGGUGUUAAUACCCUCACCAGCUCGGAGCAGUACCAGGAACAGGCCCAAGACUUAGUAUUUAACGAGAAUGUCCUAUUGCAAACACUGGGUUUCGAUGUGGCAAUCGACCACCCACACACGCACGUCGUACGGACAUGUCACCUUGUCAAAGCACCGAAGGAUUUGGCCCAAACCUCAUACUUCAUGGCAUCUAACAGUCUCCACCUGACUACAAUGUGCCUGCAGUACAAGCCUACGGUGGUCGCGUGCUUUUGUAUACAUUUGGCCUCCAAGUGGAGCAAUUGGCAGAUCCCGCAGUCGCAUGAGGGCAGGCACUGGUUCUCCUAUGUGGAUAAAACGGUAACAGCUGAUCUUCUAGAACGGCUCACGUCUGAAUUCCUUCACAUAUUCGACAAGUGUCCUUCUAGACUGAAAAAGAAGAUGAUGACCAUGUCCAACACCAGCGGAAGUUCACCGAACCCACCUCAUCCCAGCGUGGUGUCUCCGUUUGAUAGGAAAAAGGAAUACGCGCUCGGGUCUACUACGAGCGAUGAAAUCGACAAAUGCUUUGAUAAAGAGUAUGAACGCGAAAGGCGCCGCCAACAAAUGCCCGGAGGCUAUGUGCCGGCGACCUCACAGCCGCAACCACAGAAGAUUGAUUUCAAUUUGUACAGAGAGAAGAAAGAGAGGGAGGAGAGAGAGAGACGCCAACAGGCCUUACGCGCUGGCCCAAGGCCCACCAAUCAGCCCCCACAGCCUCACAGACCCCCUACCAAACCUCACAUUUGGGCUCACAAGCCACCACACCACAAACCUCCUCCCGAAAAACCUCCCCACGAGAGGCAUCGACCCCCCAAUCCAUUAUUGAAUCCACCGAACCCCCUCAUUGCCCCGCCUAAUCCUCCAAUACUCAAUCCCCUGCAACUUGAAAUUCCACAAAGAACGCGCCCCCCAUCGCUGUUCUCCCCGGAGAACAUCACCCCACCGGCCACGGCCGCCCAGCCCAAAAGACCUCCUCAAAUGUUCCCGAAACCCAACCGUCCCCCCGAAAAACCCCAGAGCCCCAAAAAGCGCCCAGACUCGGCGUCCGCCAUCCGCGAGAUGCAGCCCCCUGCCAUCCUCUCUCCUAUAUCCCCGAAAAAAACCGAGCCAGAACUAGUACCUGUAGUUAAGAAAUUGGACGAUAGAAAGAAACCGGAAAAAGAGAAACCUGAAAUCCGGAACGGCAUUGAGACCGACCCGACGCUGGUCUCUAACCUCCUGAAGGAGAGCCUCGCUAAGCCUGCGCCGAUCACCGUCCAGACGGAGACGCCCGAGAAGGAGAAACACAAGAAAGAAAAGAAGAAGAAGGAGAAACACAAAAGCAGCAAGAAACAGAAGAAGGAGCGGAAGAAGAGCCCCGAGGAAGGGUUGAGGAUAAUGAUACCGCGGUCUUCGUCCCCCGGGCUAAAGAUCAAGAUCCCCAAGGAGAGGAUAACCAUUCCCCCGCCGGGGUUGAAGAUCAAAAUCUCCAAGGACGUCCUGGAGAACUCCAGGAAGAGACCGAAUAUGGAUGGAGCGCCGCCGCCGAAGUUUCCCAAGCAGUUUAAGGUCACCGAAAACGGAAAUGGACCAGUGAAGUUACGUCACAGUCACAAAGUGACGUCAUAUCGGCAGUGACGUCAUACCGGCAGUGACGUCACGAGGAAGGUGACGCUAGCGCUACGUGUGUCGACGUUCCUCAACAACACAUGGACCUCACUAGUGUAACGGUUUUGUUUCAUUCGAAUUUCUCAUAGUUCUAGCGAGACACGUUAUAGAACACCGUUGGCGCCAAUUCGAAAUUUAUUUGUUAUUUAAUCAUUUUCAGUUUGAAUUUCAAAUUGGAGCUUGAACUCGGUACUAACAUUUUGUAAACGGGUUUAGCGUAGCUGUUGUUGGGUUUCGAAUUUCGAACGUUGAAUUCUAUUUGGUUUGCUGUUCGAAUUUCGAAUGGGUUGACACUUUGAAAACGGGUUUUCGAACAAUUACGUACAUUCUAGAGCGGACUCGGAUUUUGACAGUUCGGAUGUUCUAGAAUGCCAUAAACUAAAGCUGUAGUAUAAUAUGCUUCUUCUUGGCUACGAAUGCGGGCAUUUCAUUAAACGCAUUUAAACAUGUUCACGGCGCCAUGGGUGCUCUAACAGAGUUUGAUAAACGAAUUGUCAGUUUACAUCAGGUGAGCCUCCUGCCCGUUUGGCCCCUUUUAUAUUUGACGAAAAAUAAAAUCUUUUUAUGAUGCAUGAUUCUUUAAGCGUUCUAAGUCUUUAAACACUGGGUGGUGAAUUAAAGUAAAGAUGAUGUCUGGCGAUCAUCGACCAGGAAAUUGGUAAAAAAAAUUGGAAAUCGAAAAAUUGCCAUAUAUACGUCACUUGCCCAUACGAUACGUUAAAAUUUUACCAAUAGGAUUUGAUGUUUAGCAUAGUAUAUAUGUAAAAUUUCUUUUAUUUUUAUUGACUAUAAGUAUCAAAAUACGUGACAAAUUUAUUUUAUUUUACUGCUUGGCUUGGCGUAACUUUUUUGGUUUAUGCCCACGAUCGAGUGCGUCACAUGUUUUUAAGUGUCGACAAUUGUCUUGAGCGCUCAUGAUCUAGCUUACUUUACAAAUUUUUUUUUGUCAAAAUUAAAGAUUGACUAUUAUUGUAAAUCAAAUAUUUUUAUAAUAUCACAGCUUGUAUCCAUGUAUAUAGAUGUAUAUAAUAUGUUUGCAGUAAAAACCAUGUGAUAAUUUGAGGUUAUCUCACAAAAUGUAUUAAUAUGCGGGUAGAUUACAAAAAGAAAAAGUAUUUUUUUUAAUGAAAUAAGUAAUCGCUUAAAUUUAUAUUUUACUAAAAAGAACCGGCCAGUAUAUUUCAUAAUAUAACUGCUGCUACGCCAUCUUGCGUACGUGCUGAACGCAUGUCUUAUUCAACACGUACGUAAGAUGGUGUCGCACCAGUCCAUGUGACGUAAGAUGUUAAUAAACACGUAAACAAACGUCUAUUGGUCUUAAAUUACACAUAAUUCUAUGAAACGCAGUCUCCAUCAAAACUAAUCUCCAAGACAGUAUUCUCAAGCAUGUUACAUCAUAUUGACAGGUCCUUCAAGUUUCAUACUGCCCACUAGGCUAUGAUGUGUUUAGUAGUUUAUGAGUUAGUGUUCAUACAGGCAGACAAACAUAUUUUAUACUGAAGGAAUAUCUUGAAAAACGUAUAUUAAAGUGACAUUAUUUGUAGGUGUAAAAUUAUAUUAAGAAUCGGUUAUAAUAUAUCGGUAUUAAUAGUAAAAAUCGGUCCAGCCCGGGAUUUUGUAUGUUAAGUUUUCGUGGAUUUAACUGAUCGGACUGGCUUUUUAAUACAAAAAUUUCAUCAAAAUCGGUCCAGCUGGAAGUUUUCAUAGGUUAUUUUUUCGAGGAUUUUAGUGGUAUAGUACGGACGCGGAGCCCGAAGAAUUUCGUACAAUGACCCCUCAUCUUAUGUCUUUGUCGCUCGCGCAUAAACAUAUUGCCGUUGCGCUCACACAGAUGCAGUGACCGCUGUAUUCAGAGAUUGUAAACCUUUUAGUCAUAACCAUAAAGACAUACGGUGGUGCACAUGUACUUUGGUUUGUUUUGUUAUAAGUAGUAUAUAUGUGGUGAGGUCGCAAGAUUUAGUUUUGCUAGUGCCGGGUUUAAAUUUGCUAGUGCCGGCGGAUCUUUUCGUAUCUUCAUCAACUUCCCAUAUUGUUUUCAGUAAAUCUUCUAUAUCAACUUCUUGUUUCAUGACCGUUGAGGAUUGCUCAUGAUUGACCUUGAUGUCAAUUCCACCCAUAAGGAUCCAUCCCAGGUAUGUAUCUUGUGCGUAUGGUGUACCUGGUGGACCUUUGAUUAAUCCCUUCCUUAUAAUGUUUACAUACUCAUUGACACCCAACAGCAGAUCAAUGUUACAGGAGGCGGAAUAUGUUUCAUCUGCCAGUUGAAUGCCAGCAAGCUUCUCACUUAUAAAAUAUGCUUGAGAUCCUGAGUCUAUUAGCGCCUUCAAUGUAGUAGUAUGUCCACGUUCAUUCUUUAAAAUUACUAUUGCAGUGGCUAAUAGUGAAAUUGUCUGUUUCCGCCCUGCGUGAUAGUGUGACGCAACCAUUGCUUGAACUUCCUUUUCUUCUACAUUUGCUUGAUUGGAUGACAUCGGUUGAUUAGCUACAACAUGAGAAGCCGAUGCCUCCCCGUAGUUAGAUAGAUGUAGAAGAGUGUGGUGACGUCUCUUACAUACACGGCAUGAUGUUGGCAAACGGCACCUAAACACCGAAUGUCCAACCCCGAGGCAGUUGAAACAGAGCUUGUUUGUUUUGACAUGUUCUCUACGUUCGUUUGGUGACAUCUUGGUGAAUACGUUUCAAUAGCAUAACGUGUGCGCAUCUGUACAUAAAGCACAAUUUCUUUGCUUUGGUCUUUCUGUGGCUAUAACGUGAAGGACUCGUUCCUUGGCAAGCUUUGAAGUAGUGGUCGACAAAUCCUGAGAGUUCUCUGAGUAAGAAUUUUGUUCCCACUCCUUCUGGGAUUCUGGGUCCAACUUCUGUGCGACCAGAAAUAUAAUUACUGGAUCCCAAGACUCCGUCGACACCUCCAAAUUUUCUAGACUUUGUAAUACUUCGUUGGUGGUGUCUAGUAGAGAUUUCAGUGGUGUUGCGGCUUGGCUGGUACAUUUCUUCUGGGCAAAAAGUCGCUUCAACAAUGCAUUCACUAAUAGACGCUUGUUCCCAUAUCGAUGGUUCAGCGUUCCCCAUGCUUGAAUGUAGUUAUCGCUGGUUACUGGAAUGUGCUUCAAUAAAGUCGCUGCUUCACCUGUCACACUGGUUUUUAAGUAAUGGAGUUUUUCGACGUCGCUUAGUGUUGUACAAUUAUGGACGAGUGAUGAAAACAAAUCCUUAAAACUAGGCCAGAGUUCGUACUCGCCCGAAAAAAGAGGCAAAUGUAUAGCCGGCAGGUGAACUUUCUUAUUUUGCAGUUCUUCUGGCGGCGAUUAUGUACUGUUGUCAGACUCGACUGCCGCCAACAUGUCUUAAAUCUCCCAACAUACACAAGUAUAAAUCUUCUUGUAUAAAAAAUUCCUCAUUCUCGAUGAAUAGGGCUAUAUUUUCGAGUAUAUUAAUUGCCUUUUCGGAUUCUGUGGCCAUUUUUCAUACGUAUCAGUCGAAAAUCUCACACUAAAACUUGUAAAUUAAAUGAUUCGUCGGCGCGAAAAUACUUAAAUGUCUUUUAAUCUCAUCGCUCAGGAAUGCAGUUCUUUUGUUUGCGGUAACCGGUUCUCGAUACAAUGUUAUUCAAUUUCUAUGUGGCUCGAAGUCGACCAUAUGGUGAGGUCGCAAGGUUUAGUUUUGCUAGUACCGGGUUUAAUUUUGCUAGUGCCGGCGGAUCAAUUAGAGAAACACGUCUUUAUCUUUUGAAUGUAUAAUAAAACAACUAAAAACUGAAUCACCAAUAUGUUAUAGUAUAGUAUAUAAGUAGUAACGUAUCUGGCGAAACAUCUGACAGUUCAUUAGAAAUAGAUGCCUCUGACUAAACUUAAAUGUUUUUUUUAAGAGUAUUUCUGUUUUUUUUACCAAAUCUUAGUCGCAAUCAUAACUUUUCCUUUUUAUAAAUCCAUCAAGCCGUUUAGUCUAAAUAAAAAUCAAACCUACCGUUUUUAAUAUUCGUACUUAUAAAAAAAAUGUUUUUAACCACUGGCAGUAGGCCCAAAGGUCAUUGUACGAAAUUCUUCGUGCUCCGCGUCCGUACUAUAGUAAAUGUUGACUUGAACACAUGAAAAUUUCAUCCAAAUCGGUCGAACCAUUUAUGAGUUUAUAUAUUCGUUCAAAGUUAGAGGAAUACAUUCACAUGGUUUUUACUGCAUGUUUUAAAUUUGUACUGACUGAAUUUUACAAAAUGUUGGAAAUCAGGACUAAAAUUCUGAACUACCCUUUUAUAUAUUGUUUUAAAUGUAACACUUUCUUGCUUUUUAUUAUUAUUAUAAUAGUUAUUAUUUAAUAAUAGGAGGCUAAGUCAAAAUUAACUGAAUGUUAAAUGUGUAGCCAAUGGCUGAAUUCUUUGUUUUAAGUAGUUAAAUGUGUUUCUACAAAAAGCACCUCCUAUGAGAGAGCUAUCAUGUAUCAUGGCUUUGCUAUGUUUUGUCUCUUUCUAGUUAAGAGGGAGACGGCAAUACUUAGCUGUGUUUAGAUCAUAUUUCUGAAAGACUUGUAUCCUAAAGAGUGAGAGUAUCUCUUUCUUAUUGUAAGUUUUAGAAUGAGAUGGCGUUAUGCCACAUGUUAACAACAUUAAAAUACUAAAUCGUG